AAGUCACUUCGCAUUCCUACACGUAAACAAUCAUUUCUACAGUAGACUAUUUGUGCUGCACGAGUAGUCAGUGUAACCAAUAUGCAAAACUUCGUCUACGUGUAGACGUGCCUACUAGAUUUACAAUGCCCCGAGGAGCACACCAUAAUAGCAAAGGCACUUUGCUGGCCCUGCUAGUAGGUGUCCUGGUGUUGGCUUCACUUGCAGCAGAAUGCCUCCUAAUUCCCACGGAUGGCGGUGUCACUCUGGAUCAGCUGCUGUCAGGGCAGGAUAUCCUUCCACAGGGUGUCAUAUACCUACAGCAGCAGGGUGCAGAUUUCGUGACGGUGGAACUCCCCUCAUCCACGGUUGUCCUGGAGGGCAGGGGAAGCACCAUGCCAGAGAGCCAGAUGACUCCCAAGCCGCCAUCAAUGGUCCGUUACAACCCACCAGCCCCUCCCAGCCCUCCAAAGCCACCAAGCCCGCCAAGCCCACCCUUUCCUCCAACACCACCGCUAGCUCCGCCCCAGCCGCCUCUACCGGCGCCCAGCCCAGAUGCACCCUUUCCGCCUGCUGAAGCUCCAUACACAGUGCUGGAUUUUAACUCUUAUCGUUUUGCUUCCAUGCGUGGGAUCCCUGCAAUGAGUGUAGCAGCAGGACAACACCUGACCAUCUCAUCCCUGGGGAUAAGUGCUACUGAUGUUCAACAUCCUCUGGGACCACGCAGGGGUACAACCCUUUUCUCACUGUCACCAGCGUAUUUAAUAGAAGUCCAAGAGGGAGCCACUCUAACCCUUCAAAACGUAACGUUGCUCAUGGAUUCUGGCUAUCUGACAUCCUAUCUAGCCGAGAUAAGCAAGGCGACCAGUUCAUGGCCCUACACCACAACCGUAACCGUCCGCAACGGUGUCCUUCAGAUAGAAUCCCUAACCACACAAGCUCGGGUGGUGUCCUUCCAUUCCCAGGAUUAUACCUUCGAAGCGUACACAGGCGGUGAGGUGCAGUGGUCUGGUGUAACAAUAACCUGCCCAGGGAGUGUACCAAGUCUCCGUUUAGGAGCAGCUCCGGUGACAAGCAUUUGGCAGCUAGACCAAUCAAGUCUGGCAUCAAUGAUCGGCAACAUGACUAUUGCCACCCUGUUUAUGUCUGUGGCGGCGGAUUUGAAGUUGCCUGGAGAUGGGAGCUGGCAGCCGGUACCUUUGCCGCCAUUUGUCCUGGUGGUGCUGCUGGGCAACCCUGCAAGGACCACCACAUUCGACCUGGCAGGGGUGGAGCGCUCAUGGUACAAAAUUAGCGAACAGCCUGUUCUCGUUGUUUAUGAAACAAUGCUGCAAGUCAUGCAACUGCACGACCUUACAGUUAUUAAUUUGCCACUUGCGACAACACCUGCCAACGCAAGCAGCCUGCUGGCUGUAAGCCUGCAGAGUUUUGGAAUUGACAGGAUGACUCUUACUUUAACGUCACCCCAGCUCAUCCUCAAGCGUAGUACACUUGUAGUGCCGGAUCAAGAGGUUGCCUUUUUGGUCCGGGUGUCCCGGACCAACGGGAAUUCUACCUCAAAUGCGCAGCUGGCUUCACUCUUCACCAUCUUUGACGUUCAGCAACCCUCCAACAAUGCACUUGAGGGGCAGCUGCUGGUCAACCAGCUGCGGAUGGGGACGCAGGUUUCCCUGAUCAACUGCACGCUGCUGUCCGCCAGCCACUACGCGGCACUACCAGGUGCCCAGCCACUGCUGCCGCAGUCUCUGCUGUGGGCCCCGGAGCUGCUGCAUGGGGAUGCUGAGACGGCAGCGCAGUGGGGUCCGUUGGGACUUGCCUUGGCUCCCAGCUUUCAGUACGCCCUGUCCAACCUCGACUCGACUUGUGGGCCACUGCCGGGCAAGGCCCCCGUCACGGUUGUUACAAGACGCAACGACCAGAGCAUCCCCGCGGUGCUAUCCGGCGCUGAAGAGGCUGCCAGCUCGAUCCGCAUCUCUAGCGGUGGUCCGCUGGCCCCUGCUGGCGAGUGCGUUGUGGGCGGCUACCCGCAGCAGCUGGGAGGCGGCCGCACCUUUGUGAACCUGCAGGGAGCCAUCGGCCGUGUCGAUCUGCAACGUCCCGUCACACUCCGAAACCUGGUGUUGUACAACCUAGCGCCCGGCGGCAUGUACCCUCUGGAAGCCAGUGCUGGGGACGACGACUACAUCAGCGGCCAUGGCAUACGAGCAGAGCCGCCCCAGCUGAGGGGCCCGGACGCGGCUUGGGCCAACAGCUCCCUCCCACUCUGGUUCUUCAGCAAGACUGGCAACACCAACACGACGGCCCCACAGACCCCACGGCUAGUCCUCGAGAAUGUCACUCUCGUGGUUUCAGAGCCCGAGUGGCGUGCGCUAGCUGCUGCCGUGCUGCUGCAACAAGUGGAUGCUGCAGCCGGGCAGGCUCGCUCGCGCAGGGCGCAGGAGGAGCAGGAUGCACCGCAGCCAACGUAUUAUAGGGCGGCCACAGCUGGGAAGAGCGAUGGGGCUGAGAUAUUUGGCGCCGAAGCUUCUCGGGGCAUGUCUCGUAAUCUAAAGGGGCUCUUGGGAGGAGGAGGAGGUGGCAUACUUCGCUGGUACUAUCCGACGCCGCAGCCACCCCGACCCCCGUCUCCACCUCUGCCGCCACCCAGCCUCCCGCCACCUUCACCCUACCAACAACCACUGGCGCCUACCGUGCCUCAACCGCCUGUGGUAGCCAGCGCUGCCAGGCCACCAGUACAGCCAAGUCAACCGCCACCGCCGCCGCCUUCAAUGCCACCACCGACACCCCUGCCACCACCACCCCCGCUCUUGCCGCCUUCACCUAAACCACUACCACCAAAACCGUCGCCACCGCCACCACCCCCACCGCCACCACCUUCAAUGCCACCACCGACACCUCUGCCACCUUCACCCCCGCUGCCUCCACCACUGCGACCACAAACCCCGCUGCUGCCGCCUUCCCCACAGCCACUGCCCCCGCAACCAGCACCGCCGACACCAACCCCGUCACCAUCACCGCCACAACCAUCACCAGCACUACCCCCCCAGCCGCCACCUCCGCGACGACCCCGGCCUCCUCCGCCGUCACCCCCUAAGCCACCGUCUCCGCCCCCGCGUCCUCCCCAUCCACGACCUCCCCGACCGCCCCGACCGCCCCCCUCACCCCCGCCGCCCCCCUCACCUCCGCCUCUACCGCCCGGCUCGGACACUCCACUGACAGCACUGCUGGCCUUUGCUGCGGCAGCCCAGGCGCUGUCCUAUGACUACAACGCCGGGGUGCUGGUCCUGGCGGCUGCACAGCACUACGGCUGGGUGGGAACCAACGUGACGGUGACGUACAAGAUGCCACCGGAUGCCCCCAGGAACGCAAGCCAGCUCUCCUACCCGUCAUUUACCUUGCCGUACCAAGAGCUGGCAGGAAUGGACAUCAACAACACAAUCAGCACCUUCCUUCCACCACCUCCCAACCCGCCUGCCACUCCCGCAAACGUUGAACGCCCGCCACCGCUCGUGACCCGCCCGGCACCGCUUAUGCUAUCAACCGACACAAUGCCGGUUCAGCCCGGGCCCUCUUCAACAGCUAGCACCGCCCCUCCCCCUCCGUCCUCCGCCGGCCGCCCUGCCUAUGUGGUGCCUGUGGCAAGCUCCCUGUCAGCCUUCUUCGGGCUCCUGCUGCUGCUGUUGCUGACCCUGCUGCUUGUCAAAAUGGCAGUUAGGCGGCGCCGGUACGCGGCCGCUGACAAGGCUGCCAGUGCAGCCGCUGUUGUUAUAGCAGUGGCCGACAAGGGCGAAGCAAAAGACACCAGCGCUAAGUGGCCCGUCAGCCGCCUGUCAAGCGACAUGACGCAGUUAGCCGCUGCAGAUGCGGGAAUUAAAGGGAAUGAACAGGUUUGCAAGGGUACCACCAAUACCAACCAAGGCAGCAGAGAUGUAACCCUGAUCACCUUGGGCGUCAACACCACAGAGUCCAGUGGCUUGAGCUCCUCGAGAGCUGGACGUGGCAACCCUGAUGCUCGGCAGAUGAAGCGCCUGAUGCUGAACAACGUCCUGGCAGCCUCCAUGGGCGCUGCUGCUGCUGAGCUGCGGAACCAGGGGGGGCAGGCAAAGGGACACGUGGGGCAGUCUACCUCGGGAAACACCGGCAGUGGCAACCAGGCUCAGGGAUGUGCGGUGGAAGGAGCCACCAGCAUCAGCACGUACAUGCGUAGCUUGCAGGCCUAUUACAAUGGCCUUGGCAAGCAGGCCGAGUUCAACACUCGUGCAAACAAAGGUGCUGGGGUUCAGGACGUGCAGCAGCAACCGGCUCUGGGGGCCGCUGAGGCUGGGCUUCAGUCGGAUCUGCCCUGCGCACAUUCCAGCAGGGAUUCCCCGACACCAGGUUCGCCCAGGUCAAUGCGAGCGGCAAUUGAUGCAGCCAAGGCCGAGCUUCAGGACGAGGCCCUCGAGGUUCAUUCCAUUAUCGCCGUAGGUGCCUUUGGUGUUGUACAUGGCGGCACAUGGCGGGGUCUGCCGGCGGCGAUCAAGACGCUUGUGGUGCCAAAUGCCAGUGAGGGGCGUGCCAGGCACCGGGCCGUGCUGGAGGCGGCCGUGUCCAUGAGCCUGGCGCACCCUAACAUCGUGGCCACCUACACGUACGACAUCAAGGCGCUCGUGCAGGAGCCAGGGUCCGAUGGCAUGGCUGCAGGGGGCUCUGCGAAGGGCGCGGCGGAAGUGUACAAGCUCUAUAUCGUGCAGGAGUACUGCAACGCCGGCACCCUGCAGGAGGCACUAGAAAACGGCAUGGCAGGCUGUGUUCGUGUCGGCGGGCCGGUCAAGACACUUGCACUGCGCCUCGCUCUGGACGUGGCACAGGGCAUGCGGCACAUCCACUGCUGCCGCAUCGUGCAUGGAGACCUGAAGCCAGACAAUGUGCUUCUGGUGAGCUCACCGUCGGCGUCACGCGAUAGCGAGGUGGCGGCGAGCGAGACUGCAACCGACGAUGAAUCAGUGUCGGGCGCUGGGCAUCUGUUUGCCAAGGUGGCGGACUUUGGCCUGAGCAUGUUGCUCCCCGAGGGAGCCACGCAUGCCUCUCACCGUUUCCAGGGAACGCCCGCGUACAUGGCGCCAGAGGUUGCAACUGGCGGCCAGCUAUCUCCUCGUGCGGACGUUUGGUCGUUCGGGUUGCUGCUGCUGGAGCUCUACUACGGCUGCACCCUGGCGGACAUGAGUGCAAUGCUGGCGUCAGAGCGCCCAGCAGCCGUGAAGGGUGUCGAGGGCGCUCAGACUGGAGAACUCCUCUCAAAGUUUCCCAAUCUUACCAAGGACAUGCUCACCUCCGGCCACCGGCCGUACGGAGAGCUGGCAGCUGCAUGCCUGACCCCGGAUCCCCGGGGGCGCCCUGCUUUCAACGACAUUGUGGAGCAGCUGCGGCAGAUGCUUUAAAGCGGCGGAGAAUACACAUGCAUCCUAUGGAAUAGCGUUACUACAAGCUGUAUGGUCCAGCCAAUGACUGGUUCUCGGGGCUCUGGACGUGUGGACUUAGUAAUGAGUGGGGACUGUGGUGGGAGGCAGGCGGGAGUUGCGGCAGAGUGACUGGCUGUCAGGGGUACGACCAGCGUCGUUAAGGCCAGCAGCCAGGGCUUGCUUGGCCACCAGCAGCUUUGCGCCAACCAUGCGCCAUCCUAGCGCGCGAAGAAUUCGUUUGUUGUCCGGCUGUAAAGCCAUCCAAGGGCAUCGCCCGCUGGUCGAAGCCAAUUGGUGUGUGAAGAAUUGCAUCUAGCUUUGUGGUGAAACGUAGGGUAUACCCAACCCCUCGUAGAUCGUCUUGAACAUUCUGCCGGGGGCCUAGCACUGCUCUUGGCGAAUCUACGCUGGGUGUUAGCGUGUUGCUGCUAUUUGUGCGGUGCAAUCUGUUGCCGGUCUUUCAGCUUGUUCCCAGGGCUGGGGCUAAUAAGGACUUAAAAUGCGCAACGUUUCGUGGUUAGUUGCGCUACGUAUUUUGCGACUUUAUUAUUCAGGCAGUCUCUUAUGCUUAUGCUACUGUGCUGCGUUUGUAAGGGUUGCUUUUACUUUCCUCGAUUGCUAGUAUUGCCGUGAUCGUGAUGGCGGGGAACGGCUUCGACUUGCGUCGUAACUUUGGGGUUUCCGUCUCCUGUACGGAAGCGCUCAUGGCGGCUAUUCGAAAUAGGGGUCAUGCGUGCGCGUUAAUACUCGUAGGGCUUUGUUUACAUGGGGGUAUGUGUGACAAUCGCUGGAUUAUUCACGGCAGUUGCAACACAUAGUGCGCUGCUAUCAAUGGUCUUGCGUAUGCGUGGUCAAAACGCAGCAGUGAAGGGCGGUAGCAUUGUGGUCUACACAGCUGGGGGACCAGUUUGAUAAGGGAGUUCAUGAUAGCGGCGGCCUAGUCACCUCUUUGUGGUGUCUUUGUUCCGGCCUUGUUGCUUUGUUCACCUGUCAAUGUGCACGUUUUCUAGAGUCGGUCAACACUGGUUUCCCCAGUCCCCACUAUGGGUCGUACUCGCUCAAGCGGGUUUGCUUCCUUAACUUACAAACUGUUACGCGGACGCCUGUUCGGAAAGGUAUUCAUGGGAUCCAUUCCCUUUUCCAUAGAGGAGUACCAGUUUUCGGUUCUCCAUCCCAUUUACGAGGCGAUUCUCAAAUUCUGCUUCCUUUAUUUUACUGGUACGGCUACGUGUGAUGUUCCUUAGUUCUGGUCCUUUGUUAACCUGCCUAAAAUGUCGUCUCGGUGCUGUAGAAUAAUCUUUAUCAAGGUGGGCGGGAUCCGCUUUAGGGUCCCUUGCCUUGCAUGGGUACUUGGAUAGGGAGGGAGGCUGUGGCUGCGAUGAGGGAGGCGGUGCGAUGCGAUGGUCGGUGGCGAGUGCACGUAACGAUGGCCUUCCAAUACUGGUUGCAUUGUCCGUGCCUAGCCAGGUCGUGUGUAGGAAGGGCGGGUUUAGGGUUGCGUCCGAGUUGUGUUCGAACUGAGUAGCACUUGUGCAUUGUAGCUGACGUGUGUGCACCAACAUGUGUUCUGGCAGUAUUGCUCUGUCCUCGCGGCUUUGCAGGAAGUCCCUUGCAGGCUGCUGGUCAGACAGGCACUCGCCGCUGGUGUCCGUCCAUGUUAAUUGCCCUUAACUUGUAAGCGCUGUACUGUCU